GCCAGUUUAUAAAAGCUUUGUCUGGCUCUCCGCAGGCUACCCAGCCACUUUCCUCCGAACGUCUCGCUGUUGCCGCCGCGUUCGGAGAAGAGAACCUUGAGCUCCGCAACGUUCUAUAUAUAUACUUAAAGGAGCAGCGGCGUCCGGCUUUUAUUAUUAUUAUUAAAAACAGAAGUGCGGGCGAGGCAUUAAGAAGCAAAAGCCAAAAUGAGGGAAAUCGUGCACAUUCAAGCUGGGCAAUGCGGUAACCAGAUUGGCGCAAAGUUCUGGGAAGUGAUCAGUGAUGAACAUGGAAUUGACCCAACUGGAACCUACCAUGGUGACAGUGAUCUACAACUGGAUCGCAUCAGUGUUUACUACAAUGAGGCCACUGGUGGCAAAUAUGUGCCUCGUGCCAUCUUGGUUGAUUUGGAGCCAGGAACUAUGGACUCUGUGCGUUCUGGACCUUUUGGACAGAUAUUUCGACCAGAUAACUUUGUAUUUGGCCAGAGUGGAGCUGGUAAUAACUGGGCCAAAGGUCAUUAUACAGAAGGUGCCGAGCUGGUGGAUUCAGUCCUAGAUGUUGUGAGGAAGGAAGCCGAGAGUUGUGACUGCCUGCAAGGAUUCCAGCUGACCCACUCUCUCGGGGGUGGAACCGGUUCUGGAAUGGGCACCUUACUGAUCAGCAAGAUCCGUGAAGAGUACCCUGACCGUAUCAUGAAUACCUUCAGCGUGGUACCUUCUCCGAAGGUCUCGGAUACCGUGGUGGAGCCUUACAAUGCUACCCUCUCCGUCCACCAGCUGGUGGAGAACACAGAUGAGACCUACUGCAUCGACAACGAAGCCCUCUACGACAUCUGUUUCCGCACCCUCAAGCUGACCACUCCAACCUACGGGGAUCUUAACCACCUGGUCUCCGCCACCAUGAGUGGUGUAACGACCUGCCUCCGCUUUCCCGGACAGCUGAAUGCCGAUCUCCGCAAGCUUGCUGUAAACAUGGUUCCUUUCCCUCGGCUCCACUUUUUCAUGCCUGGAUUCGCUCCCUUGACCAGCCGCGGCAGCCAACAAUACCGGGCCCUCACCGUCCCCGAGUUAACGCAGCAAGUUUUCGACGCCAAGAACAUGAUGGCAGCCUGCGACCCCCGCCAUGGACGCUACCUAACAGUGGCCGCCGUCUUCCGAGGCCGCAUGUCCAUGAAGGAGGUGGACGAACAGAUGCUGAACGUGCAGAAUAAGAACAGCAGCUACUUCGUGGAAUGGAUCCCCAACAACGUCAAGACGGCCGUGUGCGACAUUCCUCCCCGUGGCUUGAAAAUGGCGGUCACCUUCAUCGGCAACAGCACGGCCAUCCAGGAGCUCUUCAAGCGCAUCUCCGAGCAAUUCACAGCCAUGUUCCGCCGUAAAGCUUUCCUGCAUUGGUACACAGGCGAGGGCAUGGACGAGAUGGAGUUCACGGAAGCGGAGAGCAACAUGAAUGACCUUGUCUCUGAAUAUCAACAAUACCAGGAUGCCACAGCUGAGGAAGAGGAGGAUUUUGGAGAAGAGGCGGAGGAAGAAGCCUGAGGUUA